UGAUUGCUUACUUUGUUUGAAUGAACACUCGAGAGGUUUGUUCAGUACAAUUUUGUGUCGUUAAUACCUUUCUUCUCUCCUGUGUACUGUCUAUGGUUUGGCCAAAGUUCAGUGUAUAGCUGUCCGCAAAUCCCUUAAGAACAAUAUUCUUACCAUUUUCAUCGGUUGACAAAUGCUUCAGUCUGAAUCAAAAGUCCUGUACACUUGGCUGAAAGCCCUAAAGAGUGCAACGACCAGGGCAGCCUAGAUACCGCCGCUAUCUCAGUGUGAUUUGAUUCUCAAAUGUGAAUGCUGCCUUUGUAGCCACCAAUGCGCCCGUCUUUAGUUUUGAUUGUUCUAUUCAUUCUGCUGGCUUUUUCUAGCGUUGAGUCCCGUCAUCGCCGCAAAUACCGAAAACGUAAGACUCCAAAACCAGAACCAACCAAGCCAAGUCAGUGUAGAAGUUAUGACGACGACUACGAUGAUGAUGGUGAUGAUGAUGGAGGCUCCCGCAAGGCGCAAAACUGCCGAGUUGGCACGUGGAGUAGGUGGAGUCAAUGUUCAAUUGCGUGUGGAAAUCGUGGAUGGCAAAAGCGCACAAGAAAGGUGAGUUUAAUUCAAAUGAAGCAACUUUAGAAACUGUAGUCUGCAACAUUUUGAUGACAGACUACCAUUACUCUUCAGCAUUUUCACUAUCCGAAUGCCAACCAAGACUUCGAUCCUUUCCAAGCAAAUAACGCUCUGAAGAACGCACGUUGUUUGAGAGUCAAUGUAUUUAGUACGAACGUACUAAUUGAGGACUCUAUAUUUCGGUUUAGCCGUUUUCAGUAACGGUGAAGGCAGUAUCCUCAUUCCUUAAUGAUUUUAAGACCCGAGUAUUGGUCUAGCUAAAGGGAUUGGAGCGGCGACAUGAAUCUCGCAUUUCAGUCAAGCACUCGCUCUACCUACUCAGCUUAACCUUACUUAACUUAACCAGCGUAAUUACUUUUUCCUCUCCUUUUCUCCCUCCCGCUUCCUCGAGAUUUCCGCCUUCGCCCUAAAAACUGGUGGCCUGCCUCUAAUAAUAGUAAUAAUAAUAAUAACUUACCGGCACCUGCCACGCAGGCUCAGACGCCGCUGCUAAAACCUUUAUUGGGCCAAAUAUUUAAACGAAGACUAACUUAAGCCGCGGUUUAACAAAUCUUUGAACCUCAGAUCUCUUCUUUGGUGAGUUGUUUUAAGAAGAUAAAUGCUUUGCUAGUCUUCUCUAUAUGCUUUCAUAAAACUGUUCACAAUAAAUGAUGUUUAGAUAAGAUCGUUGGGCAAAUUGAAAAUGACUUAGAACGCGGUUUUGUUAAACACUGGCUAAACUACGUUUAAAUAUUUGGUCCAUGGACUUCAAUUUUUAAACUGACAAGGCGUACCGCGUAUCAGUGUGCUACUCAAGUACAAUGUGGACCACAGCUUUAUUUUGUUGUUUAAUUCAAGGGAAGUACUGGAAAUGUUCUCGCAGGGAUGGGCACUUGAGCUAUAUAGACUGUUUUGAAAGCAGCAGUAGAGAGAGGGCAUUCUAGCAAUGGAUAUUUAAGGCACCUUAAACUUUCCAACUCAACUGAUCAUUAUACUGUCUAUCUAAUUCCCCCAUCCCGUUUACUAUACUGUUUAGGUUCCGCACCCACCCUCCUUAUUUUUCACUUCCCCGGGAAAUUAGGAAACACCUUUAUUACAUGAAGACUUUGGUUCUUGGCCCAUUGCAUAAACACGACGUUUCAUGUGCUAGUCAACAUUUUAAAAAGUGACCAGGAGUUUGUUCUUCCAUGCCACUAGUUGCUGCAACCUGCUAUUUGCGGAGGCAUUUGCCCGUUUCAAUUGAGUCAGUCUCGUGAUUGCAACAGAUAUUGCUAUAAUGGAGGCAUUUUGGAGCCAACAAGAUGUAAAUGCUCGUCACAAUACGGAGGAGAAUGUUGUGAACAAGGUUAGUCUUUAAUUCCUAUGUCUCAAAAGAAAUUGGUAAAGGUGAUCGCUGCACAGCCAAGACAAUUGUUAAGCUUUUAUCGAUGAAUUUCAUAAUAACUCGCAUGUCCUCUAUAACGUCAAAGACUUUAGUUCCUGCUGCUUCCACCCUCAAGCAAAUCUAAAGAGUGAUGUUCCGUGCGUUGGAAUUGGACGGAAAGCUAAAACAUGACUUGCGCAAAUAUGAAGUCGCAAAAAACAUGGCAGUUAUAUGCAUUUAUGGCUGCUUUGAAUGUUUUUUGCCCAGCUGUUGUACGAGUUUCUGAGCGAAAACUUAAACGUGACGGAGAAACUAACUCUUAGAGAGCUAAGAUCAUUGCCUUGCCUCUCUAACAGAACUAUCUUUCUUUAUUGUUAUCCCCUGCCUCAAUUCGAGUAAAAAAAAAAAACAUUUUUUGUUGUGCGAUAUUCGCAAUAACUCGGUGUGUCAAAAACUCGGCUUCUUGUUACCUUUUUGAGGUUUCACUAAACGUGUCACUAUCUAGAACCGGAUCAAGUGAUAUCUCGGAGAUUAUUUACUGCGGCGAAAGGCAACCAAAUGCAACCAGGGACUAGUUUGAUCCACCUAUGCGAUGUACUUGCAUAUUGUGAAUUGGAUAAAUUGAGCUUGAGUAUUAUGGAGUAUUAAACUAGUAUUCGUUUCCUUUGAUUUUCUUUGCAAUAACAUUCAACUGAAUCAGGUUUGUUCCACCUUGUGCAAAAUACCAGCUUACCCUACUUACUUUUCUAGUCCACGGUGGGUGGAGCUGCUGGGGAUUAUGGGAAAGCUGUAGUACAACUUGUGGAGAAGGAAUCCAGGCCCGUCUGCGGUCAUGUGACAUGCCACUCCCAGCCAAUGGUGGACGUAAAUGCCCUGGUAUGAACAGCGAGAGCAGAAAAUGUAACACCAGUCCUUGUCCAGGUAAUCAGACAAUAACUCUUUUAAAUAAAAGCGAUUUUAAAAGGAUGAUCAACGCCACACGAACAACGGCAGUAAAAAGAAGUUGGAAAAUAAAAGUAAAAUGAUGGAAACUUAAAAGAGCUCAGUUCUUGCUUGAAAAACGUGGAAAUGAAGGUUUUAUAAAAGUAAUGAAUAUAAUUAGCUUAAAUAAUCAGAUGAAAAAAAUUUUUGAUCCUUUGAACACCAACCCUAACUGCCCCCCCCCCCCCCCGUCCCUACAGCCAAGAAUCAACGACGUUCACAGCAAUAAUGUUUUGUACUACUUUGAAUUUGUUCCUGUUAGCUGAUGGAGGUUGGACUUCAUGGGGAAACUGGAGCAAAUGCAGUGUUACUUGCGGCAGGGGAACUCAAAGGCGUAAUCGGUCCUGCACCAACCCACCUGUGGCCUAUGGUGGCAAACCGUGUGAGGGUCUGACGGAAAUGUCGCGGAACUGUAAUAAACAUGUAUUCUGUCCAGGUAAUGAACUACAAGCAAAAAUAAGUGACUGUGACGCGUUGAAAAGCUUCCUAUAGUGACAUGAAGUGAAGAUUUCGUUUAGCUGUAUCAAGGCAAAUCCUUACUACCUGUAAUUAAAAUGGAUGUCAAAGUAUUCCUAACUUUUGAUAGUAGUAAUAUGAUGGUUUUAAUUGAAACCCAAAAGUCUGCUGUGCUGAUAUUUUGAAGAUCCUGCGUGGCUGAGGUUUUGAAAUGUAGACGGGAAAAGCUGGUGAUCAUUAUUAUGAACAUAGCCUUAGCUUGCUAAGGGCGCAGUGUGUCAGUUGUUCUGCUGCUGUUCUUGUGCCUUGUAAUCUGAGGUAGGACAUUUACACCAUAGGACAUUUACUAGCUGACCCAUGCCUCUGUUUCAAACACAGGCUAAGUGCAAAGCUAUUGAUAUGAAAAUAAUUUUUUAUUCUCAUGCAAACAAAACUCAUUUUCACAAGAAAGGUUUUGCACUUAGCCUCGUUUUGAAAGUGAGAGUUUUGAAACUGGGAAAUGGCCUGUCGCUUGUCUUCUGUAGGCUAAGUGCGUUAUUGGCAGUAAAUGAACGCAAAGUAAGAUAGGCACCACGCGUUUAAUUUACGAUAACAGUUUUUCUAAUCUGUGUUAAUCAGUGGACGGAGGUUGGUCAUUGUGGAAUACCUGGGGUCAGUGCACAACAACAUGUGCUGAAGGAACUCGCUCCAGAUCUCGUUCUUGCACCAACCCACCCGUGUCCAACGGUGGAAAAUCUUGUUCUGGUCAACACGUGGAAACCGAAAAAUGCAACAAGGAUAUUCCAUGCCCAGGUAAACAAAAAGAAAUUCAUAAUUAUUCUGGAAUUUAGUAUAUAAAGGCAUCUUAGUCAUCCGCUAUCAGUCUAUUGUUGAUCUCAUCUCCUUCACCCAGCUUCCUAUUAAUAUAUGAAUAACACUCUAAGGGGUGGUUACAGUUAGGUAAUCAUUGACACCGGCUUCAUGAUGUAAUCAUCAUGAGCACGCAAACUGAAGUACAAUCGUUUCAUCAAGAGAACAAUUUUUGUUUUCUUGUGUAAGACGCCCAAAUUGUUGAUCGGGUAACGAUUGGCAUCAGCUUCUCACCAACACUCCCCCCACCCCCCACCCCCCUUAACGUUAUCUACACUUACCAGGGAGCACUUGGAAAUCUUAAUUUACUUUGCAGUUGACGGUGGUUGGUCUUUAUGGGGAAACUGGGGCCCUUGCAACAAAGAAUGUUCGAAAACGAGAAGAAGAACUUGCACCAGGCCUCCUCCGUCUAACAAUGGCCUAAAAUGCAUUGGUAGUGCUUUACAAAACGUCAAAUGUUCGUUUCAGGAAUGUAUUGGUAGGUAUUAAAUAAAUGCCACAUCAAAUAUAGCCUUCCAUGCAGGAGUUUUCAGGGGAGUUUCAUGUAUUUUAAAAUCUCUCCCCACAAACACGAUUCACCUCACAACGCCUGCGUGGGAGCCUACAACAAAUCCAGCAACGUUGUUGAGUGAUGCCAUCAGUAGUUUUUGUAACAUCUUCCUGUUUGUCUCAAAAUCUUAUUUUGACGGAAAUUUUCAGGUCUCUAAUGUUAAAAAUCCUACCGUUCCCUGAUAAUAUCCAUUCCGCGAGAAAGGUUAAUUGAUCAGCACGCACGGAUUGGACAAUAAUGCCAGACGAAUUAUAUACCAACCACAGAAUGUUUUGACUAACCUGUCACUAUGGUGACGGAACAUUCUUAGUGAAACAACACUCCGAUGAACGUUUCUUUGGAAUGUUUUACAUAUUCGUUUAUAUAUUAGAAGCGAUUCAUACAAAACAAAGGCAGGUAUUGACGACAGAUUCUUGUCCAAGCCUACCUUGACUUACAGGAGAUCAUUUUUUCUGUAAACGCUUAGUCGCAAUUUUUGUCAUUCUUAGGUAGACGAUGUUUUUUUUUUGUUUUCAGAUAUUUAUUACCCAAUCGUUACGAGCUGAGAGCUUACAUUAAGUAAACAUCCUUUAUGCCAACUAAAUCGCAUAGCAUACUUCUCUUGACAAUUCCUAGCAACUGGUUCCUCUUGAAAAGCCCUGUCACUACCUUUUCACCUAUUUCGCUCUUAAAGUUGUGCUUAUCUAUCCAAGGGAAAGCUUAAUUAUCUUCUUCACGGAGUGGAUCAUGCACUUGCUUGUAUUUUGUCUUUGUGUUCUGAUUGGUAUGUAUAAUGCAAACUCUGAGAUUUGAAUUUAAAGCAGUAAUUUCUUGGUAAAAAGGAGGUCGUCGUUAAUGAUCUUUAAAAAUCGAAGAACCCGCUAUCUAUGUGGGAAAUCCACGAGGUGUACUUGGUUUACCUAAUGGUACUGAGCAAGGUUUAUUGUGAGUAAAAGAAAGUGACCAAUUGUAACCUAGUCACCAAGGAAUUUUAGAUAAAAAAGAGAAGCUUAAUUAAGUCACUAUACGCAAUAUAAAUCACAGGAAUUUAUCCGCCAGCUAAAAGUAAGGAAACAUUUCAUUGAACAUUAAAAUCAAGUUCUGAAAGCUUCUGAUAAAAGACGUUUAGAGCACACAAAGGACACAAACUAUUCAUUACUUAAUAUUGCCAGUUUUAAUGUUAACCAAACUGAAUUCAUAAGGAAGAUGUAAAUGGACUCCAGGGAAAACGUGCAUUAAGUAAAGUUCCUUAAUCUGGACCUUUAAUGUGGACAAAAAAAUUCAUCCUAAAACUUAUAGGGUAACAGAACUAGAUGCUUGCAUUGGGUGAUUAGUUGACGGCGACAUACGAAAUAGCUUGACCCUAUUCUACAGAGUGCGCCCAAAAUAUUUAAAAAGUACUAGAGACUUGGUUGGUAGAGUUAGGGUUAGGGUUAAUGGCAACCUUUCCAUGGAGGAAAAAUUACACUAUGAAGACUGCUGUUCUGCCUCCUUUACGAAACUCCUAUGCCCUCUUACCAAUAUGUCCACUUUUGUUUAGUAGUGAUAACAUAAUUUUUGUUGUCUUGUUAGGAGGUAAUGGAGGCGGUGGAAAGGGACAGGAAAUGGAAAGCGACUCCGACGAAGGACAGGAGGGAAGCAGUUCUGGAAAACCUGAUCAGGCUUGGCAUGAGUGGACUGAAUGGAGCGAAUGUUCAAAGAGCUGCGGUGACAACAGCUGGAAAAUCAGAUCACGCACGUGUAACAGCGUCAUAGCUGCCAGUUGCCAUGGAGACAGUAUACAGGUCACCUUUUGUGACGUCAGACCAUGCUGAAAAAUAAUAAUAAUUAAAAAAUGGAUUUCAGUUGGGCGAGGUACUUUUCUUCUUGUUUUCUUGGCUUGGCAAGACGGAGCGAACUGGGACAAUGAGUCAGCCUCUUUGUUGCUUACACUUGUUUUUCUGAACAAUUAUUUUAGAAGAUGUGAAAAAGUUCAAAUGAUUGCCCCGUGCACCGGUCUGUAGGUGUCAAAUGAUAAGAAAUAAAAUUCUGAUGCCAAACGGCCAUGAAUCCCGGAGAAUUUGAAUUAUAACUGACUUCAUAAAAACAUAUGUUUCCAUGGUGGGGCAUCAGCGGGUAUAUACUUCAUGGUGGAAAGCCACAAGUGCACCGGUAAUAUACACUCUGUGUAGUAUGUACUAUUGUGUCUUCUCUCCAAUAGCUAGUGGUAGUUACUGGUAGUUACUAGUAGUUAGUGGUAGUUAGUAGUAGUUACUGGUAGUUACUAGUAGUUACUGGUAGUUACUAGUAGUUAUCGGUAGUUACUAGUAGUUACUGGUAGUUACUAGUAGUUGUCGGUAGUUACUAGUAGUUCUUGGUAUUUACUAGUAGUUACUGGUAGUUACUAGUAGUUACUGGUAGUUACUAGUAGUUAUCGGUAGUUACUAGUAGUUACUAGUAGUUGUCGGUAGUUACUAGUAGUUCUUGGUAUUUACUAGUAGUUACUGGUAGUUACUAGUAGUUACUGGUAGUUACUAGUAGUUAUCGGUAGUUACUAGUAGUUACUGGUAGUUACUAGUAGUUGUCGGUAGUUACUAGUAGUUCUUGGUAUUUACUAGUAGUUAGUGGUAGUUAUUAGUAGUUACUGGUAGUUACUAGUAGUUGUCGGUAGUUACUAGUAGUUCUUGGUAUUUACUAGUAGUUACUGGUAGUUACUAGUAGUUACUGGUAGUUACUAGUAGUUAUUGGUAGUUACUAGUAGUUACUGGUAGUUACUAGUAGUUAUUGGUAGUUACUAGUAGUUACUGGUAGUUACUAGUAGUUGUCGGUAGUUACUAGUAGUUCUUGGUAUUUACUAGUAGUUAGUAGUAGUUAUUGGUAUUUACUAGUAGUUACUGGUAGCUGCUAGUAGUUGCUGGUAGUUAUUAGCAGUUGCUGGUAGUUACUAGUAGUUACUAGUAGUUAUUGGUAGUUAUUGGUAUUUACUAGUAGUUGCUGGUAGUUACUAGUAGUUACUGGUAGUUAUUAGUAGUUCUAGGUAGUUACUAGUAGUUAUCGGUAGUUACUAGUAGUUACUGGUAGUUACUAGUAGUUAUCGGUAGUUACUAGUAGUUACUGGUAGUUACUAGUAGUUAUCGGUAGUUACUAGUAGUUACUGGUAGUUCCUAGUAGUUAUCGGUAGUUACUAGUAGUUGCUAGUUGUUGUCGGUAUUUACUAGUAGUUACUGGUAGUUACUAGUAGUUAUCGGUAGUUACUAGUAGUUACUGGUAGUUACUAGUAGUUAUCGGUAGUUACUAGUAGUUGCUGGUAGUUCCUAGUAGUUAUCGGUAGUUAGUAUUAGUUGCUAGUUGUUGUCGGUAUUUACUAGUAGUUGCUGGUAGUUACUAGUAGUUAUCGGUAGUUAUUGGUAUUUACUAGUAGUUGCUAGUAGUUGCUGGUAGUUACUAGUAGUUACUGGUAGUUAUUAGUAGUUCCCGGUAGUUACUAGUAGUUAACGGUAAUUACUAGUAGUUACUGGUAGUUAGUGGUAGUUAUUAGUAGUUACUGGUAGUAACUAGUAGUUAUCGGUAGUUACUAGUAGUUACUGGUAGUUACUAGUAGUUGUCGGUAGUUACUAGUAUUCCUUGGUAUUUACUAGUAGUUAGUGGUAGUUAUUAGUAGUUACUGGCAGUUACUAGUAGUUAUCGGUAGUUACUAGUAGUUACUGGUAGUUACUAGUAGUUAUCGGUAGUUACUAGUAGUUACUGGUAGUUCCUAGUAGUUAUCGGUAGUUACUAGUAGUUACUGGUAGUUGCUAGUUGUUGUCGGUAGUUACUAGUAGUUACUAGUAGUUGCUAGUUGUUGUCGGUAUUUACUAGUAGUUACUGGUAGUUACUAGUAUUUGCUGGUAGUUACUAGUAGUUAUCGGUAGUUAUCGGUUUUUAUACUUUACAAAAAAGCAAGGCAAGACUCCUAUUUUUCAAAUUUUAACCUUUAUAAAAACACAACCUAGCUUUGAGAAAACACGGAUCGAACCUACAGCAACCUGAUUGGUUUUUUGCAAGGAACCAAUCAAACCGCACCAUUUUCGAUCCUCCAAACAAACCAGGGUGGAUAUAUAAACGCUUACUAAAUCAAGCAAUACGGAAUGGUUCAGAGUUCACCUCAACCAUCCCACCACAUAGCAACUGAUGAGAAUCGUAAGAUUCGAAACCGCCGGUCUUGCUUGUAAACUUAUAAUUAACUACACACAUUAUGUAGUGGCACAAAGAAGCCCGUCAAUUGAUUGGUAAAAAAGCAACAUGCUAAUGGUAUUGAAAAAUAUUGAGCUUUAAAAUACUCUCCUCUGAUAUUAAAACUACAAGUGACAUUUACAAAGCGAUUGAGGUUUAAAACGACAUUCAAAGGACACAGCAUUAUAAUGUAUUUAAAUCAUGCUUAGACGUGAUAAAUACCGAAAACCAGUGUCAGAUCUGGAUAUAUUUUUAAAAAAAGACUACGUGCUGUGUACAGCUAUAUAAACAUUGUUCUCUGAGAUCGCGUAAACCUAAACUUUACGGAGAUAUGAAAAGCAGUUACUCUAAGAUAACGGCAGCUAUGGAAAAAUUAUUAUAUAUUUUUGAGUAGACAUAUCUGAUAAACGGGCUACAAAUUCAACAGGAAUACGCACGAACUGAAUAAAUUGUCUGUUAACAUUUUAAAGGUUCUGCUCAACUUACACAAUUUUCCCUUGCUCAACAUAAACUGUACCGAGCCGUAUCUUGGUCCGCUAUAUAGAAGCGAUAUCAUCGUUCAAAUUUUAAACUGUAAGAUCCCUGAAAGAGGUCUCCUCAAUGGAGCAAUAUAUCAAAGGUUUCAAAGGUUUCACGCCGGUGAAGAUGUGCGGCCUGUCACCUCUUGC